CUUACAGAAAUGCAACCUCUGCUUUAUCUUCUUGGAUCCUGAAUCAUUAGAGAAGAAUGUUCUCUUGACCAGAAAACUGAGUAUAAAGUGGAUAAUACGCUACGAUCCCAAGGAUAAGUAUACCAACUUUUUACCCACUUAUUAUACAGAGGAGACCAACUUUGGUAGCAUUCUACUAACGCUCUGGAAAAGAAAACUGGUAACUCCUUAUCGUGACAGUUUCGCAUCGAUUGCAUAUUGCAUUAUGACAUCCGCAACAACGGGACAACCCAAAAUUGUUAAAGUAACCCGCGAAUGCAUUGCAUCGAAUAUCAAGGGUCUAAGAGUUGUGUUUAAGGUGACCGAAAAAGAUGUGAUAUACUUCGGAACGCCACUAACAUUUGAUCUCAUGGUUGAAGUAUUCCUAGCUCUAACCACAGGUUGUACGUUGGUAAUUCCUCCUAAAUCUAGAAGAUUUAUGCUUGAUGUACUCUUUCCAAGCAAUAAAUGCCACGGCGGCGUUACAAUACUGCAAAUAGUUCCCUCAUUGUUAUUACACUGGAAUGAUGCCGACAUAAUGUAUUUGUUAGAAAAAUCGUCAUGUCGUGUGUUAGCAUUUGGUGGUGAGAAAUUUCCUGAAGAAAUUUUAAAACGACCGCGAUCAAGAGAUUUAAAAUUUUUUAAUCUGUAUGGUAUAACUGAGGUCUCAUGUUGGGCUUCUACCUUUGAGAGCCAAGGUGGUGGCCGUGUGACCUUAGGCGAUCACCUUCCAGAUACACUAUUGGAGGUGCGCACUGAUAGUGGUGAAGUUAUUACUGACGGGCAGGGCGAAUUGUUCAUUGGUAGUUAUUCUAGGAUAUGUUACAUUGACGAUGAAGAUGCCUCUACCAUUACUACACCCGUAUUUCGUGCCACAGGUGACUUGGUGCAAAUAAAGGACGGCGAGAUUUUUUAUUUGGGCAGAGUUAAUAGUAUGAUCAAAAGGUUGGGGCACAAAAUCAACCUUUUUGAAGUGCAAGAAUGUGUACUUCAAAAUACAGCCCUUCCAAAUGUGUGCAUUUGGUAUGAAGAUGAAUACAAAAUGAUUUUGUUUGUUGAAAUCAAGGAAUUUAAUGAGGCUGUGAAGAAGAGAAUUGUUGAUAAACUGCGGGUGAAAUUGUUACAUGCGUUACCACGUGAAUGUUUCCCAGAUCACAUUGAAAUCAUUCCAAGUAUCCCACUUUCAGACCAUGGGAAAGUCGAUUUGGUGACAUUAAAAGUUAUGUAUCAGAAGUUGAUAUGUAGUGACAACGAACAGAGACUCGUGGACGUUUUUAUGAUACUCUGGUGCAAAUACUUAGGUUUGAGCAUCAAUAGUGCAGAGAAAUUUGAAAAUUGCACGUUUUUUGAGUUGGGCGGAAAUUCGAUUACGGUCAUUCAGUGUUUAUCAGAAUUAAAAUGUACACUUGAUACUACAAAACAGAAUGAUUUAACAACUUUGUUGUUUGAGAAAACGUUCAAGGAGUGUUGUAACUUCGUUAGUCAUUUACAGGCUGUUCCAUAUAAAAAAUUGAAGAAGACAAAAUAUGUUCAUGAUACCGAACAAUUGACUGUUGAAGGUACAGACACUAUAGAAUUGAAAAUUGCUUGGAGAUACGAUUUGGAAGCAUGUGUGGAUAGUACACCCACAAUAGUUGAUGAAAGAAUAGUCUCCAUUGGAAGUUUCUCCCACAAGUUUAUAACCUUGGAUGCUAUAACUGGAGCAAUAGUGUCUCUCACCAUAUUGCCAGACGCUAUUGAAAGUGCUUGUUGUGCCAUACCAUCUACCUCUUACGUUUGUACAGGAUGCUAUGAUGGACAUCUAUAUUGUGUCGACAUUAAAACGGGAUUCAUUGUAUGGAAGUAUAAAUCAGGCGAUCAAAUAAAGUGUACUCCUGCCAUUUACGAAAACAAUACUUCAAUUACUUUUGGUUCCUAUGACAAAAUGCUGUACUGUGUAAAUUAUAAUAAUGGGGAAUUGAUAUGGAAAAGAGAUAUUUUUGGAAGUGUUACCUCAAAUCCUACAAUUCACAAUGAAAGAGUUGGUGAACAAAUUUGGAAAUACAAUGCAAACGUGCCAAUAUUUGGCUCCCCAGCUAUUAUCACUCAACCAUCACUGGUAGGAUGGGUUUCCGUUAGCGGAAUACUGACAUUUCUAUCUUGCGAUAAUGGGAAAAAGAUUACCAGUUUUCAAGUUGAUGGAAAUGUAUUUUCUGGUUUGUGUAACUUUGGAGAUUUUGUGGUGUUCGGCUGUUCAAAUCAUAAAAUGUAUUGUGUGCGAAUUGUGGAAAAUGAGUGUAGAUUGUGUUAUGUUGUCACAUUAGACUCUUCAAUAACUGCAACUCCACACUUGUUUAGUUAUUUUAAUAAAAUUUUAUGCGCUGUUGCGUCAAAUAAAGGCUGUGUUUACAUUAUGCCUUUUGAGUGUGGUACCGUUUUAGGAAAAUUACAGUUAGAGGGUGAAAUAUUUUCAUCGCCUAGAGUUAGUAAUAACAGGCUGUAUGUUGGAUGUCGUGAUAACAAUUUGUAUUGCCUAAACUUUAGAAAUAAAGACGUUGAUGCAUUGUAA